AUGUCAUCAUCAUCAACCAGUGCAACUAAUAAUGAUGAAGAUCAUUCAGCAUUUGUUAUUAAAGUUUAUCGAAGUGAUCAAUCAUUUAAAUAUUUUCCUGUAUAUAAAGAUACAACAGCAAAACAACUUGUUAUGUUAGCUAUAACUGAAUUUGGUAUUGGUGAUCAAAGCAGUCAUACAUCUUCUCGCGUAGAGUUUGAUCUAAUGCGGUGUUAUUCGUUAUGUGAAGUAUCUGUUGAAAACGGUGUUAUAAAACAAAAACGUUUACCUGAUUAUACUAAUAAUUUACCUGAACGUCUUCCAGUAAAUGCACGGUUUUAUUUAAAAAAUAAUCAUUCAACUGAAACACUUGUACCUGAUCAUUUAUCAAAUGACUUAAUGCGUGAAGCACGUAUCAAUUUUCUUUCAUUAGAUGCACUUGAAAUUUGUGCACAAUUAACCUUACGUGAUUUUGCAACCUUUAAAUCUAUUCAAACAACUGAAUAUAUUGAUCAUAUAUUUAAAUUAAAAUCAAUUUAUGGUAUACCACAUCUCGAGAAAUUUCUUAAAUUACCAAAUAAAGAAAUGUUUUGGACAAUAACUGAUAUUGUACGUGAAAGUAAUUUAAUGCAACGUUCAAAAGUUAUUAAACAUUUCAUUAAAAUUGCUAAAUGUUGUAAGGAUAUGAAAAACUUCAAUUCAAUGUUUGCAAUUAUUACUGGUCUUGAUCAUAAAGCUGUACAACGUUUACAACAAACUUGGGAACGUGUACCAGACAAAUAUAAAAAAUUAUUUGAUGAACUCAAAUCAUUACUUGAUGUAUCUCGAAAUAUGUCCGUCUAUCGAAAUUUAUUAAAAAAUGAAUUAGUUGCUCCACCAAUUAUUCCCAUGUUUCCGGUGUGUAUGAAAGAUUUAACAUUUAUUCAUUUGGGAAAUUCAACUCAAGAUGAAGGCUUAAUUAAUUUUGAAAAACUUCGUAUGAUUGCUAAAGAAAUUCGUCAUAUAACAAAUAUGGCAUCAUCACCAUAUGAUAUAUCUAAUAUGUUUGAUUCGCCAACAUCUCAUACACAAGUAUUUGCUGGUUUUGGCCAUCAAUCAUCAACUGAUUCAUCGAAUACAAUACGAAGAUAUCAGACUGGUAAUCGAUUAUCUGUUAUGGCAAAUGCUAAACGAGUUUAUGAUGAAGCAUUAAUGGUUAAAAAAGUGAAAACAUAUUUAAAUAAUGCUGAAAUAAUUGAAGAUGAAAAUCGUCUGCUAGAAAUAGCUAAUCAAUGUGAACCUGUUUUUCAUUUUCUUGAGCAUACAAAUCAAAAAAUAAAUGAACUUGUUGGAGGAGGAAAUUCACCGAUAUCCCCAUCAACUCUCCUAACUGGACUUACAUUGUUCAGUGAUGAAAAUGAAUUUGUAGUUUUAUCUAUGCCAAGUAGUCCAUCAGGAUCGGAUGGUACCAAUACUGGUCUUGAUGAUGAUAAAAUCAGUACUAUUAUCGAAGAUGAACAAUCAACAAAUAAUCUCUCGAGUCGAUUACGUCAAAAUUCAACAACAUCACCAUUCAAUGUUUUUAAAACUGCACUUCUCAAUGUAAGCACACUUAAACGUCGUCCAUCACCAUCAACAUCAAGUUUAUCAUCAAAUUCAUCAUCUGAUCGUCGUGGUGGUGCAAUACAAUUAACUAAAUUUGAUAAUUGUCCAGGUACACAAUCACCAGAUGCUGUUAAUAAAUUACUUCGUCUAUCGGAUAGUAGUCAUCAAAUAAAAAAUCGUACACCACAACGUUCACAACAUAUACCAACAUCAUCUAGUCUUUCAAGUAGUACAUCAACAAAUAAUCCUGGAUCACCAUUAUUAAGUACUUCAACAACAACAACAGGACUUUCAUCAUUAGCUGAAGUAUCAUAUCGUCAAAAUCAUCAACAUCAUCAUCAUCAGCAUUUAAAUAAAAUGCGUGAUACAAAUAAAUUAACAAGUGAAAGUUCAAGUUUAAAUUUUAAACAACCAACAUCAUAUUCACAUAUGAUUAGAUCACAUACUCUAAUACCUCAAAAUAAUAAUGAAUUAAUUAAAGAAGGUGGAGAUUCAGGACGUGGUAGUCUUAAUUCAACCGAUACUUGUGUUGGUGAUGGAAGUGAAAAAUCAUCCAGUACAAUUGGUGAAGGUUUUGCAUCAAUCAGAGUUCGAAAUCGACCUCCAUUACCACAAUCAACAUCUGUUACAUCAACAGCACAUCCUGAUAGUGCACCUAGUCCUAAAACAAAACGUCAAUGGUUACAACGUUCCCAAUCACAUAAUGAAGUAACAACAAAUGAUGGACCAAAUCAAGAAGACUCAACUGUCGAUUUCGACGAACAUGAACAAGUGACAGCAGUUUAA